AUGCUGCUAGACGGUAGCAUUCAUUGCUAUGCAGACGACAGUACUGGUGAUACAAUAUACACCGGCCACAGCAAUAUUUCUCAGGACCGCGUCAUUGAGUGCCGGAACAACCUCGUGUCUUCAAUAGAAACCUCCUUAGAAGAGGUAUCUAACUGGGGCCGACGUAACUUAUUCCAAUUCAACCCCAAGAAGACACAGGUCUGCGCGUUCACCGCAAAAAAGCUUCCCUUUGUCGUAACUCCUCGUUUUCAGGGUAUUCCUCUCUCUGCCACAGCUAGCAUCGGUAUUCUUGGUCUCGAAAUCUCGAGUAGCGUACAGUUCUCCUGUCAUCUGGAAGGAAAGGCCAAAUUGGCCUCACAGAAACUUGGUGUGCUCUGUCGAGCGGAACAGUAUUUCACGUCGCACCACCGCCUUAUGCUUUAUAAGGCGCAAGUUAGGCCGCACAUGGAAUACUGCUCCCACAUCUGGGCCGGGGCACCCCAACAACACCUCCUUCCAUUUGACCGUAUUCAAAGGAGAGCAGUACGACUCGUUAACGAGCCAAAUCUUACCGAUCGGCUUGAUACUUUGGUGCUGCGAAGAGACGUCGCUUCACUGUGUGUUUUCUAUCGCAUCUACAAUGGGGAGUGCUCUGAGGAGCUGUUUGGAACAAUACCUGCCGCUGAGUUCCAUCACCGUACUGCACGCCACAAACUCAAAUACCACCCACACCACCUUGACUCCUGGCGAUCGACGACUGCGCGCUUCAAAAGAAGCUUCUUUCCGCGCACAACGAGUUUAUGGAACGAACUUCCUCAUGCGGUGUUUCCAAACGGUUACGACUUAGGGACCUUCAAGAAAAGAGCGUACUCCUACCUUAAAGGCCGGCAACGCACUAACAAUGUCCCCGGCAUUGCUGGUGCCUAUGGGCGACGCAGUACACUUAACAUCAGGUGACGCGUCUGCCCUGUUGCCUCCUCUUAUAUA